GUGCACGCGGCAGAGAGAGAGAGAGAGAGAGAGAGAGAGAGGAGGGGGACAGACCGACGGCAGCAGCCGCAGCACAGAAGAGGAUGAAACAGAACACGAUCACGGAGCCGUUCACUUCAAAGUGGCAGAUGAAGUUCAAGAAGAAGUGGCUGCGGUUUGUGUACAGUCAGCGCCUGACGUUCAACGUCUUCCGGAGCGAGCCAUGGUUGGACGUCGUCCGGCACUUCAGGGACUUGCUGGGGCCAGUGAAGGUGUUGUGGCCUUCAGAGAAUGAGAUCGCAGACAGAGAGACCAUUGUCCACACGGCGGACGAUGUGGGAGCUGAUCUCGCGGAGGUCAGGGAUCCUUUCUAUGUCACGGGGGCCACCAUUAUGUCAGAUGGAAGGAAGUCAUGUGAUGCUAGACCCAUCGUUAACUUCCUUGCCGGCGGGUCGCGUGGGGUGAUGCUCGUCCGAACGAUGAACAGGGAGGGUGAGCGGGAUCGGGCGCCUGAUGUGUUGGCGCGGUGGAUCAAGGUGUUCGAUGACUUUCCCCCUAAGUGGGUGAAUGCCAUCUGCACCGACUCCGCCUCGGCGUACGUCGCCGCGGCGAACAUGCUCCAGGGGCCCCAGCAGAGGCCGGAGCAUCGACAGAUCACGUGGCUCCCAUGCGCAGUGCAUGUCUGCAACAAGAUGUUGUCAGACAUUGGCUGUUCGGGCCCGUGGUCCAAGGACAUCAUCGUGAGGGGGAGAGCGGUGGUGCGCUUCAUUAAGGAGCACGACACCGCUCUCCAUAUCUUCCGGGGGGAGAGCAGUCAGAUGGGCCUCAUCUAUCCUUGCGAGACACGUUUCGCAUCCGUGUUCGCGAUGGUGGAGCGUUUGCUGGCAGUGAGGUCAGCUUUGGAGAGGACGGUGGAUGGCGAUAGUUGGGGUAUGGUCCCUUGGGACCAUUCAGUUCGUCAUUUGGCUAGGUGGGUCAGGUGGCAGGUGCGACAUGGCAGUUGGUGGGAUUCCAUGGGCAUCUUGCUCCGUAUCAUGGAGCCUGUGUACGACCUGCUGCGCAGGUUGGACCGAGGAGGGCUGCACAUGUCGCGGGUGGUUGAGUGGACGCAGGAUCUGGCCCGCCAGGUGGCAGAGGAGGUUUGUGCACUUCCGCCAGAUCUUGCACACCACAUUGUGCAGAGGGUGCAGGCUCGAUGUGCUCACAUGCUGGAGCCGGCGCACGCCGCUGCUCACCUCCUCUGUCCCAGCCGGCGGGACUUGCGGUACUUCGAGGGCGUGGUCAGCGACUACAACGUGAGCUUGGUGAGGGAGGCGGAAACUUACAUCUUGUCGCAGACAGGGUUCAGUGUGGCGAGCCGCGACUACGAGACCACAUGUGCACAGGGCGAUGCGGAGACGUACGAGUCCGGGUGUUGGUGGUCGAGGUAUGGGCAGUGCGCCCCGCAGUUGCAGGUUAUCGCUCUUUGUGUGAUGUACAUGUGGACGUGCUCCUCUCCUGCGGAGAGGAAUUGGGCCUUCCACGAGGGUAUACAGACGAAGAAGCGUAACCGGCUUGAGUUCGAGAAGGUCGCGAAGUUGGUUGAGAUCUCAGCCAACGUCCGCCUUCUAUCUCAUCAGCGAGCAGGUCGCGGGUUCGCGCUGCCGUGGACUCUAGAUGAGUCGUUGUUGGACGUGGAGGGUGGUAUCGGGAUUCGCCCCUCGUGGAAGGGGACGCACGAGAGUAGGACGCGGGAGGAGGUCGAGGAUCAGAGACGUUCAUGGCUGCGAGACCCAUGUGGGUCCAGAGCUCCUCCGGGUGAAAUGGGCGAUGUUUUCGGGACUCGAGUCGCCACAUUGCACCCGUACCCUCGAGACGACAGUGAUUCUGAGGGUCACGAAGACGAGGACGAGCCGGCGGGCCCCGCUAGCACCACUCCUACGGCGGAUGAGCGUGAUGAGUGGAGCGACCCAGAGGACGUCCGUAGACGGAGUGGCGGAGAUGACCUUUUCAUUCAGGUUGAUUUGGAGGAGGAGUUUGGGGGUCUUCAUGGGAGCCCUUUAGAGCGUCCGAGGCCUACGUCCACUGCCCCGCUUCCCGCUGAGCGGGAGACAGAUCCUGGGUCUGCACCUUCGAGGGGGGCAGAGUGGGGGAUUGGCCAUCGUCCUCUGGGUCGCUUUGGCACGGCAUCAUCCACCGCUCUUCCCACUUCGACGGAGCAGCUUCAUCGACAGCCAGCCGUUGCAGAUCGAUUACAGAGAUUAGUGAGGGGCCCGAGACGGCGAUUGGAGGACAGAUUGGAGGGCGGUCCUGUGCCGGUGAAGGGUGACGACGAAAACAGACAGGGGUUGGUUGGUGGAGAUGGUGGUUGGCUGGCUGGAGGUGGAGGCGGUGCCGAGGCUGAUGCGGCGGUUGAGGGGAUACCGAUGGGCGGCGGAGGCGGUUUCAGUAAGUUUAGCGAUAUGGGUAUGCCCCCGGGAGAGAGCGUGGGUCUAGCCCUAGGAGAGAGCGAAUCCCGUGGGGACAUCAGUGUGGGUAUGCAGAACUUACUCGGACAGAUCAGCUUCGCGGACCCGAGUAGUUUCUCCCCUGCCAUGUGCGCAGAGGUGAUGUUGGGGGCAGAGGGGGAUGAGGACCGGACACCCCCUGGAGAGACAUCUGCAGAGAGGCUGGAUAGGCUUGAUAGUCGUCGAGCGUGCCUCAUGGCACAGAGGGACCCCAGGACGCAGGAGCUCGCCCGUCUUGCGGCCGAGGACCGACAGAGGCAGCUUGGGACAUUUACGCCGGCGUCUGUUGACGUGGGGCCAGCUGCCCACACGGAUACUCCGGCAGAGGUUCACGACACGACGCAGCGGGAGGCAGCUUCAGCAGAGGUUUCGACGGAAGGGAUAGCGCCGACCACCGGGGGGGACGGGGCCGUAGCGGGGACCGUUGGUGCUGGCGGGUCAGGGGUGCCGUCCGCGGCCGAUCCGAUGUCCACGUUUGGCGGGGGAGACCCCGCACACGUGGACAGGCGUGACGCGGACGGACAGGAGAUGCCACAGACUUUGGUGGUUCGCACUGCUGUGGGGCUAGUGGUGCCACAUCAGGCACCGUUUUUGGAGGGUUUUCAGCGUCCUGCACAUGGCGGUGGCCCGGUCGAGGAGCGACGUGUAGGCAGGGGCGCGUGCAUACCCGCGGUCCCUACUUUUGCGCCGUCACGAACGAGGCUGGAGAUUAGGCAUGUGGCUACGCCUCGAGGCAGCCUCCCUUUUGGUUUUAUGACCGCUGAGGAGUUGGAGGACCAUGGCAGGAGGGAUUUGAUGGAGAUCGACCAGCGCGUUUUGAGGACAGUCCCGGAGGAGGGGAAGCUGCCUCACGUGCAGGACUUAUCUUGGGGGCCAGCCAGCCCCAGCUUACCUUCUGGGUGUUCCAUCGCAGCGCCAUCUGGCGGGGCUGCAGGGGGCUUACCUUCUGGAGGUUCCGUCGCAGCGGCAUCGGGCGGGGUCGCAGGGGACUUACCUUCUGGAGGUUCGGUUGCAGCGCCAUCUGGAGGCGCUGCAGGCCCUUCGUCACCCUUGAGCGCAGCUCCGAGGGAGGGCAGCAGCCUCACCCCGAGGUCAGUUGCCCGUAGACAGAGAGACACUACCCAGCGUGCGCGGGAGUUGCUGGACACCAUGUUGUUCGGUCGCACAGAUCGACCGUGGAGUGAGACGAGACGGGUGACGACGGCGAGUGUCGGUCGUCAGCCACAUUUGAGAGGGGUUUCAACGAGCGUGAGACGUCGAGAUGUUGUAGCUGCAGGGUUUGGCGGUAGAGGGGGUGGCGGCGGUGGCAGUGGUGGUGACGGUGACGACAGACGUGAGGGUGCAGGCGGUGCCACGACGAGCGCAGUGGAUCAGCCGCGGACGUACGUACAUUGUGUCAGACGAGGAGGAGAGGGAGGAGGAGGAGGACGAGAAUUGCUGGGAGCAGGAGGAGGAGGAGGAGGAGGAGGAGGAGGACGAGGACAAAGAGGAGGAGGAGGAGGAAGAGAACGAGUAGGACGAGGGGGAGGAGAAAGAAGACGGGACCUAGGAGGACGAGGAGGAGGAGAUACGUCGGGGCUACCUGAACGAGAGGGUGAGGAGGAGAAGGAGCAGGAGAAGGAGGAGGAGAAGGACGAGGAGGAGGAGGAGGAGGAGGAGGAGAAGGAGGAGGAGAAGGAUGGCGAGGAGGAGGACGAGGAGAAGGAGGUAGAGGAGGAGGAAGAGGUGGAGGAGGAGGAGGAGGACGACGACGAGAAUUGCUGGGAGGAGGAGGAGGAGGAGGAGAUACGUCGGGGCCACCUGAACAUCGGGCCGGGAGGAAAAGGCGAAGAGGAGAAGGAGGAGGAGAAGAACGAGGAGGAGGAGGAGGAGGAGGAGGAAAAGGAGGAGGAGAAGGAUGGCGAGGAGGAGGAGGAGGAUGAGGAGAAGGAGGAUGAGGAGGAGGAGGAGGUGGAGGAGGAGGAGGAGGAGGACGAGAAUUGCUGGGAGGAGGAGGAGGAGGAGGAGGAGAUACGUCGGGGCCACCCGAACGGCGAGGAGGAGAAGGAGGAGGAGAAGGAGGAGAAGGACGAGGAGGAGGAGGAGGAGGAGGAGGAGAAGCAGGAGGAGAAGGAUGGCGAGCAGGAGGAGGAGGAGGAGAAGGAGGUAGAGGAGGAGGAGGAGGUGGUGGAGGAGGAGGAGGAGGAGGACGAGACAGUGUCAGGCGGCCACAAGUAUGUGAUUUGCAAUUGGGCCCAAUGCGAUAUCUACUUGGACUUCAGCGUGAAUUGCACUUCGGAUUUCUGCACUUCGUUUGCAUAUGGAUGGUUUCUUGGUUCCACUGUGCUAUCUGCUCUUUGCUUGACUACUUGGACUUCAGCGUGGUUUGCAAUUGGAACAAAUGUGUUAUCUGCUCUUUGCUUGGCUACAUGGUUCCAUUGUGCCAUCGCUCCCGUGUCGAUGGUUUCUUGCUCGACACCAUCGGGUGUCGCGUCGGCGCUCGAUGACCAAUGGCCUCGUGCAUCUCUUGCCUUUGCCUCACUUGUGCUGAUCACAUAUUCUUUUUUCUGUGGGCAUGUAGAUGGGGUUCCUUCUUCGUCGCAGACGUCCACCCCCAAGGUGGUUGGCAGAGCGACAUUGUUCCGUGGGAUGGAAUGGGCGCUUGACUGGUUCGGCGGGGUUAAACAACAAGGGUGUGGUCCCGUGAUAUUCCUGAACGAUGAUGGCGGACAUUUUUACCUGUGCGGCGGGAUCGAAAGUUAUGGCGUCGACAAAUUUGCCGGUGAAGAGGGGUACUACGAUUUUCACUUGACCACAUGCUUCGAUAGUGGAGGAGUCGAAUUGUCGGGGAAUUACAAGAAAGUGUCGCUGCAUUUGUCGAGAUUUGUUGGCUACGGCAUGAACGCUGUGGCAUUGCCUCCGUUUGAUAGGUCGAAGAAACUGAAGGCUGUCGAGAUGGUGGGACCGAUCGAGUUCCUCAGGAAAACGCCGUGCUAUAGAGUUACGGGCUUUAAGGUCAAGGUGGACAGCAACGUGCGUUUGUCGCCACCGUUCGUGGGUGCGCACAGUUCGAGGGAGGUGUUGGAGGACAUUUUGAGGACACACAAACACGGGGAGUCUAAGCAAGGUACGCUGCGAUCUGCUCUCAGCGUUGGAACUAAAGGUGGAAUGCUUUCGGCAAGGGCGAAGAACACCGCAUCAACCAAAAAGGCACUCGUCGUGACAACCGAAACGCCUUCUGCUCAGGAUGGCGUCGCAAAAAGGCUUCAUCGCGUGACAAGGACGAAGAGAAUGUUGUAUGUGACACCUGUAGGGUGCCGUCCUCCAGCCACUGUCCCGAUGGGGAUGACGGGGAUGACGAACGUGAGGGGAAGUCGACUCAAUAGGGCGCCGAGGAAGGAAGUACGCGGGGCGACACCACGGAGGACGACGGUGAUGAGCGGGAGAGCGGCGAGGAUGAUGGGGACGACAGCGCAAGAGGACGAGGGGGGUGAAGACGAAGGGGAGAACGACGAGGAGGAGGAGAACGAGGGAGAUGCAGAAGAAACAACUGCACACGAACGCAAGAACAAAGGCAGAGAUGAGGAGAGCGAAGAGGGAGAAAGCGGUGGGGAAACAAACCGGGACAUCGAAGUGGCCGGCACACAAGCAUCAGCGAACUCGCACAAACAAAAAAUGAACAGUGAGCAACGUCGGACGGAGAUACUUGGUUUGGGUGCGUCUUAUACCGCAUACGUGCAACAUUUAGAAAGACAAUCGAAAAAACCCGAGAAAGAGAGGCGUGAGCGGCCCGCGAAAAAUGCAAAGAAGAAAGUCAGAGUCGAAGGAACGAAGGAGGUUGCAAAUUCCGGCAACGAGGGAGUUGGGGUUCACCCGAGAGACCACACCGCGAGAGUCGGGAAGGUGGAGUCGGCCGCCUUUGACACAACAACUUGUUUCUUCCUGGAGUACGACAGUGACGAGAAUGCAGUGCAACGACCUCAAGAGAUCUACGUAGACUGCAUGAAGAUUUUGCCAAACCCCGUGGGAGGCCCUGUGCAGUACAAUGUCAGACAAUUGAAUGACAUGCUCGUCGUUUCCAUCAUGAGAGCAAUGAAACCGCCAGAGAAGAAGGGAGAGUGGGACAGGGCCACAUGGAUAUUGGCCCCGGUGUUCGGAGACUUGAAUGCAAGGGAAAAGGAAAUGGUGCUGGACAUGAUAUUGGACGACCGCCAGGUGGUUGUCACAACGGGGCGGACGUUCAACAAUAACUUGUUGAACAUGGACGACAUUCGGGUUGAGGUUCGGCGUGAGAGAUACAUGAUACGCCUCUUCAACUAUGUGGUUUUCAAAACGGAAGGUCGCAAGCAGGACGAGUGGAACGAUGAGUUUUUCAUUGGCUACUUGUGUAUAAUGGACAGAUUUGCCCCGGCGGGACUCACCAAGGAACAAUGGGAGGAAAACAAGACGAAGGUGCCAGCUCAUAAGGCGAAAAAUGUGCCAAAACGUCUAGGCGGCAUUGACGAACCAAAGGUGGGCAAGGUGGGAAGACUCAAGUUGACGCGGACACUAUAUGCGGAGUGCCCGUAUUAUCUGAAAGUGUUCAUGUAUGAAAUCAUCAGGCCUAUCGACCACCUACGGGACGAGUUGAGACGCAUAAGUGCAAAUGUGCGGCACGUGAUGUGGGAUACAAACAACGAUCACACUACAUUUUUUCCAAUAUGCUUGGCACCGUACGAGGCGCUGCAACCAUCAGAGGAGAUCACACAAGAUGUUAAGAAGCUCAAUUGCCGCCUCGCAGUCCUGGACUUGUGCCCGCGCAAGUCGACAACCCCGCACGAGUGGUCAGAUGAGAGAUUCGCAGUGCUGCCAGAGAUGAUGAACACCUUCUGUGACACGGAUUGGGUCAUUGUCAUAUUCUCGACGUUAAGAGUCGAGCAAACUGUAUUGAAGAACGUGCUUCGUUGGGAUCACGUCAAAGUGAUUCCAGGUCGGUGGGAGAGACAUUUUGGGAAGGACCAAUAUGUCGUUCCCGCUGGAAAUCUUCCACUGCGACCUCGGGACUGCAUGACCGUUGUCAUGCAUGCGUCGAACAAUGACUACAAGAAGGUGACUGUGCAGCCACGAAACCAUGUCACGUGGUUCGACGAUAACGUGAAGGAGGACUUAUUUGUGCAAUGCACGAACGAGCAUGUUGGGAUAUCAGGCGAUACAAAAGCCGUGUACGGGCACUGGGAGAGAGAGCCCAAAAAAAUGAAGGAGUUGUGCAAAUGGUUUGCAAAGGAUGGCGAAGGUGUGCUGCUGCUCGGGAAUGUGCAGGCAGGGUCAGGCAGGGAAGUGUUGCAGUCAGGACACAAUGUUGUUCCGUGUGACAGCAAUUCAACAAUGCUCAAUUGGACGUCCACAUUCCUCGAUAUACAGGUCCACAGGCCAGAAAGUCAUUGCCACUUCGAACGGCCCAAAACUCCGUGGCUUCCAGAGAGAAACAUGUACCUGAAGCUUGGCAACAAGAGGGACUCUCUGUGGAAAUACUUGUUCGGCAACGCCCCGAAGACUCCAAAGGACAUCGGUUAUAUGCACCAAAAAGUGAUUGCCAUCCAACAUCUCCAAGACUACCAUAAGGCGAAAAAUGGUGCGAUUGAAAUAUUCAUAGCGCGGUAUGAGCGUUUGUGGUUCAACAAACAAGAAGACAGACUGCGUGCGAAGACAUACGCCGAUGAGUUGGAUGCGGGUGAGCACUUCGAUGUGCUCACCAGCGAGGAGGAGACAUCAGACGACAAUAUGUAUAUGCCUGUACCGGGUGCUCAAGACGAUGUUCAACAGGCAUUGGACGGUGGCGAGGGUCGUCAGGCAAUGGAGGGGAUACAAACAGAUGUCGUGGCAAACCGGGAGAGCAUUCGUGGUGGGGAGCAGAGGUCGUGUGAACAAGGAAUGCAAGAGAGUGCAGGGAAUGAGAUCCGGGGGCCAGUUGGUGCAGGCAAUGCAAGCAAGAACCGCAACAAUGAAGGGUUUCAGGCACAACCGGCCUCGUUAAUUGGAAAAGAGCCACAUCUCAAAUCCAAAGACAAGGAAAGCAGUGCCAAAUACCCCGGGUUUUUGACUCAGCUAGACAACGUGUAUGUGAGCAUGGGUAUGUUAAAGAUCCCAAGAGAGAACCAAUAUAACGUGCCCCAGGAGGAAAAUGCACAGGUUGGUGGAAUGGACGUCAACGCCAUCAAAUUCGCACUCCCGCCCGACGAGGAUGAUAAACUGAUGCCAGGAGACACAAUACGAGAGGACAUGAAGGAGUUCAUCGGAGGCCCGCACUUCCUGCACCACAUCGGGACAGUGGUUGAGACAGAAGACCACCAAUGGGGGCAUUAUAUAUUGUGGCACCCGAAGGUCUUCGAGCCCUGCGUAUGGAGCGGGAAAUGGCACAUGGCUAUGUGCAUCGAAGGCCAGUGGCAAUUGCGAAAGCGGGUAUUGAAGAGCAGGUUUUUCAAAAUCGCAAAGGAACAGGUUCAUAUCAAAGUGCGGCAGGCGAACGGUGGAUCAGGCAGCCUUGCACAAGGAGCAUAUGCUGACACACUUUAUGACAAGUUGCGAGAUCAGAACAUGCUGGAGUACAACGCAAACUUUUAUGACAUUGAAUCCAGUGUGUCCCACGGUCAGAUCCCUUGGAAAUUGCCAAGUCGAGAAGUGGUGCAAGAGUUUGAAGGUGAGAUACGUCUUGGCAACAGUCAGCAAUUGGAACACGACGGUGGCCACGCUUCGACGAGUACAGCGGGACGUCCAUUCACGACCUCCGUUCAUAGUGACGAGCAAGUUGAUGAGAAGAAUGGUAUGGAAAAAUCUGUGGGCGACAACGAGGAGUCAAGAAGAGAUAAAGUGCAGGCCGAACAUCAAUCGUUACAUCCCCCGUCGCAACGGGAAGAAUCCCAAGAGUCAGCGGAUCACUUUGCAACAAUGGGAUCUCCCAGGGUUUGCACGAGGUCGGAACCGCAAAUGGACACGGAACCAAUGUCCAUGCAAGGUGCUGAGUUGACGAGAGAAGAGUGGUGCCACAAUUGAAGGGGAAAAAAAAUUUGUUAGAGAACACACCUGAUUUGAUGCUUCGACUGCUUUCUGAAGGCUAUGUUCUCGAGGGUGGGCCAGGUGGUGUGCAGAGGAAAGAGAACGUUGUGGCCUCAAUGGGAAGAGACGAUGACGAACUUCAACGAACCAUGACGAUUGGCGACAAGCAUCAACAGCCCAAGCGCAAGAGAGAGGAUGACGAUGAUGUCAUUGACAUCGGGACACAAUUAGGUGAGCAAUCAGGGCGUGGUGAGGACGGGGAGGGCCGACAAAAUGAGAAAGAACAAGAGCAACACCACCAUGUGACAUUGGAAAAGGAGGAUGUUAUCUGCAAUGAGAAG